UUUGGAUCAAGAGUGGCAUGAGAGGCCAAAGCCAUCGUAUUUCACUCCCAGAAAUGUCCGUCGUCGUCUCUGAGCACAAUCAAGGGUAGUUAUCAGUGACCGCUCGCGCUCAAGUGACAGGAACAACUGGACGAGAGGCUCGUGAAACUCAGUAAGAGCUGCCAAGGCAAUGUUGUUUGACACACUGAUAUGUUUCCGAGCGUGUGUCUAAGAUGUGUUUGUGACGCCACACGGCUCUGGGAAUGUCCUCCGUGUCUCUAGGCUUCAGUUAAAGAGCGUCAAGCUGAGAAGGAGAGCAGAAAUGGGUGGAAAGAAAUCCAAAAGUGCUGUAGACGACGACACGACGCAAUCGGGAAGAAAGAGCGCCGGUCCGGACGAAACCCUUCCGACGGUCGAACGCAUUCGCAAACACACAACAACACACUUCGGAUACAGAGUGCUCAGCCUGGCUCGACGCGGCCUGACGGAUCCUCCAGAGGAACUAUGGGAGAUAACAGAGCUGCAGAAGCUCAAUCUGUCGCUCAAUGCAUUGCGAACCGUUACGGCGUCUUUGGGUUCGCUGCAGAAUCUAGUGGUGCUCAAUCUUUGGGGAAACCAGCUCACUAGCUUGCCUCCUGAAAUCGGACGGCUUCGAAACCUGAAGGUGCUUUUCAUAUAUCGCAACCGUCUGAGCGACGUUCCCGAAGAACUGGGUUCAUGCACCAAACUGGAAGUGUUGAGUCUGGCCAGUAACCAGUUAACUAGUCUCCCUGCGUCGCUUUCAUCCCUCGCUGGGUUAAAGAAGCUCAACCUGAGCCACAAUCUCAUCGCUCACAUCCCCGGCUGUGUUUACACCAUGAAGAGCCUGGUGUUCCUGCAGCUGGCCUGUAACAGACUGGAAAACAUCGCCGAUCAGAUCCAAGCGCUGGCCGACUUGAAGAUCCUCAUCGUCGAGGGAAACUGCAUCCACUCGCUUCCCAAGAUGCUUUGCCGUCUGACCAAGCUGGAGCUCCUCAACGUGGAUUUCAAUGACAUCCAGAGCGUGCCGGCGGAGAUGCACCGGCUGAGACGUCUGGAGAAACUGGCCUGCCAUCCGCUGGAUAAAGGUCUGCACAUCAGACACAAUCCUCUGCUGAAACCCAUCAAAGAGGUUCUGGACGGAGGCCUGCAGGCGCUCUACAGCUAUCUGAAGGCCACCUGAAACACUUGAAGAUCACCCGAGGCUUGUGUACCGUCUCUGAGAGAUGCAGCUUUGAUACCGAACUUCUCAAGGUCUCUCUGAGGAGAUAAAACUGUAUUAUUUUUAUUCUGACUUUCAGAGUUCAUGCGCCUGCAGGUUGUAUAUUCACAAAGGCUUGAGUAUGAAUUCAGAGUAUACUGAAAACCAUUCAAAUGUGAAAAACUGCUACAAAAUGUUUUUUAGUACAUUUUAAUUAUUUAGCAGUCUCUUUUAUAUAUUUAAUGUAGCUUUUUCUGUUUUUAUUUAAAUACAU